AUGGAAACAGUGUUGCACCCCUGGGCUGCUUUGUACCUGUCACCUCCCAGCCUUCGUUUUUGUUUUACAGCAGCCGUAAAGGUGGAGAUCCGUGGCCGUGACGUGGUCCUGAAGUGCGAGGGGGUUUCAAAGACCCAGUCUUACACAACCUGGCAGAGAGAUGGAAUUACUUUAGGGAACAACAGUACAGAGUUGAACUUGGGCGCAGAAGCGGACGACCCAAGAGGAGUUUAUAGGUGCAAUGAUUCCACUCCUGUACAGGUGUAUUUCCGAAUGUGCCAAAACUGCAUCGAGCUGGAUGCAGCCACCAUCUCGGGGAUCGUGGUAGCUGAUGUCAUCGCCACGGUCUUCCUGGCAAUCGCCGUGUACUGCAUCACCGGCCAAGACAGUGGCCGUCGCUUACGAGCUUCUGACCGACAGAACCUGAUCGCCAAUGAGCAGCUCUACCAGCCCCUUGGUGAGCGGGACAAUGAGCAGUACAGCCGCCUAGGAGUCACCAGGACCCGCAAAUGAGAGUGGAGAGCACCUGGGGGCUAAUCAACUGUGACCCUUGGCCCUUCAUCCUCUCUCUUUUCCACAUGGGAACCAACAAUAUUGGGGAAUCCUGCUGCCUUUGAAGCAGCCCUCAAAACCUUCACUCUGCAGCUUGGUGGCCAGAAACCAUGGUGAUGGACAUCUCACUAAUGUGUCUAAGAAAUCGAUGAUCUCUGCUCGCACGUGAUCCUGGGCCCUGCUUGUCUGAAAUCCCUCUGGCUCCCUGCAGUGCCAAGGGAGCUCGUAGAGCUCUCUGCUCUUUGUGAUGAUUUGCUUUGGCAAUAAAGAGGCUUUGCCCGGGCUGGUGA